AUGCCGCCCUCGAUUGAGGAGCUCGACGCGACUGUCCGCACCUUCUACGAGGGACGCGGCGAGCAGGUUUGUCAUCUCAUAGCAUCACAGGGCUUGCUUGUUACUUCUUCCAAGCUUUGCCGUUGGAUUUGGCUGCAAAUACUGACUUGGCAAAAGAAUGCUCAAGCAGCCUUGAACCAGUUCAAAGAGGACCCUGAUGCAUGGCUACUCGUUGACAAGAUCCUCUCCGACGCCUCAUAUCCACAAACCAAGUAUCUUGGCUUACAAGUGCUGGACAAUGUUAUUAUGACAAGAUGGAAGGUCCUGCCCAGAGACCAGUGCCAAGGUAUUCGCAACUUCGUUGUCAACUUCAUCAUCCAAUGCUCGGGCUCCGAGGAGUCGCUCAAGGCUCAGCGCACCUUGCUCAACAAGCUCAACCUGGUACUCAUCUCCAUCUUGAAGCAAGAAUGGCCUCACAACUGGCCUACCUUCAUCAACGAAAUCAUCUCCUCCUGCCGAACGAGUUUGUCGAUAUGCGAGAACAACAUGAUCAUCUUACGGCUGCUCUCCGAGGAGGUGUUUGACUACUCGGCCGACCAGAUGACUUCCGCAAAGACAAGAAACCUGAAGACCACCAUGUGCAACGAGUUCUCCCAGAUCUUCCAACUGUGCCAAGAGAUCCUGACUACUGCAAACCAGCCCAGCCUGGUCUCCGCCACCCUUGAGACAUUGCUGCGAUUCUGCAACUGGAUUCCUCUGGGCUACAUCUUCGAGACUCCCUUGAUCGAGACAUUGCGCUCUCGCUUCCUCGAGGUCCCCGAGUUCCGCAACAUCACGCUCCAAGUCUUCACCGAGAUUGGUGGCCUGACGACCGCCGCCCAUGGCCAACCCAACGCCUAUAGCGAACAGCUGGUAAAGAUGUUCUGUGAGGUCCUCACCACGGUUGCUGGCUUCAUCCCGCUUGAGCUUGAUUUGAAGACGACGUACCCGCAAAGCAACUCCAAGGACCAGGAGUUCAUCCAGAACCUUGCACUUUUCUUGUGCAAUUUUUUUGGUCAGCAUGUCAACCUCAUCGAGAAUCUACCCAACCGUGACUUCCUCACCCACGGCCACUUCUACCUUAUCAGGAUUUCGCAAAUCGAGGACCGCGAGAUCUUCAAGAUCUGUCUGGAUUACUGGCUGAAGCUCGUUCAAGAGUUGUACGAGGAGAUGCAGGCCGCUCCGCUGCAGGAAAUGAACCCUCUGAUAAACUUGGGCAGCACAGGUGCCACUUCCGGAGCACCAAACCCCAGCGUCCUAGCCAGUCUCCCUCUCCGUAUGCACAAGUUCAAGGAGGUCCUCUCUAACCUGCGUGUUGUCAUGAUCGAGAAGAUGGUACGGCCAGAGGAAGUCUUGAUCGUCGAAAAUGAAGAGGGUGAGAUCGUACGAGAGUUCGUCAAGGAGAGUGAUACCGUACAGCUGUACAAGACCAUUCGCGAGUGUCUUGUUUACCUGACACAUCUAGACGUCGUGGAUAUGGAGAACAUCAUGACAGAGAAGCUCCAACGCCAGGUCGACAAUUCGGAGUGGUCUUGGCACAACUGUAACGUUCUCUGCUGGGCUAUCGGAUCCAUUUCACUGGCCAUGAACGAGGAGACGGAGAAGAGGUUCUUGGUCACGGUCAUCAAGGAUCUGCUUGGACUCACCGAGAUGAAACGUGGAAAAGAUAACAAAGCGGUCGUUGCUUCCAACAUCAUGUACAUUGUUGGACAGUACCCUCGCUUUUUGAAGGCGCACUGGAAAUUCCUUAAGACGGUUGUCAACAAGCUCUUCGAGUUCAUGCACGAGUCUCACGAAGGCGUCCAGGACAUGGCUUGUGACACGUUCAUCAAGAUCGCCAGGCAGUGCAGACGCCAUUUUGUGGCUUUACAACCAAGUGAGAGUGAGCCAUUCAUUGAGGAAAUCGUCCGAAACCUGCCACGCAUCACUUGCGACUUGACACCUCAGCAGGUGCACACCUUUUACGAGGCAUGCGGCUUCAUGGUAUCCGCUCAGGGCAACAAGCAUCAGCAAGAGCGAUUGCUUGCCGAGUUGAUGGGAGCACCCAACGCCGCCUGGGAUGAAAUUAUCCGUGCCGCCACUCAGGAUCCCAACGUACUCCAGGACGCCGAUACCAUCAAGAUUAUAGGAAACAUCAUGAAGACGAACGUCUCGGCUUGCUCCUCCGUUGGCCCAUACUUCGGCCCACAGAUCGGCCGUAUCUACCUCGACAUGCUGCAGAUGUACCGUGCGACGAGUCAACUCAUCUCCGAAGCCGUUGCUCGCGACGGCGAACUCGCUCCUCGGAUGCCCAAGGUUCGAGGUCUUCGGACCAUCAAGAAAGAGAUUCUAAAGCUGAUUGAGACCUAUGUGGACAAAGCCGAGGAUCUCCAGGCUGUUCGCCAGCAAAUGGUGCCUCAGCUGCUGGACUCAGUUUUGGUUGACUACAACCGUAACGUUCCAGGUGCAAGAGAUGCAGAGGUGCUGAAGGCCAUGUCUACCAUUAUUGGCAAACUCACCAACCUCAUGGAGGAUCAAGUGCCCAUCAUCAUGCAAAACGUCUUCGAGUGCACUUUGGAAAUGAUCAACAAGGACUUCUCUGAGUUCCCUGAGCAUCGUGUGGAAUUCUUCAAUCUGCUACGGGCUAUCAAUCUCCACUGCUUCCCAGCAUUGUUGAAGCUUGACAAUCGUCAGUUCAAGUUCGUUAUCGAUGCCUGCAUGUGGGCAAGCAAGCAUGACAACCGUGAUGUCGAAGGCGCCGGCCUUAACAUGUGCCUGGAGCUCGUUACCAACAUUGCGGAGAAGACCGAUGAUCCCACCAAGAACGCAUUCUUCCAACAGUUCUUCACGCCGAUUUUGCAGGACGUGUUCUUUGUCCUGACAGAUCCGGAUCACAAGGCCGGCUUCAAGACCCAGUCCAUGCUUCUGAUGAAGUUGUUCAACUACGUCCUUCCCGCUGAAGGUGGUACACCUAAGAUCCAGGGCCCUGUCUACACCGACCAGGCUCCUUCGGGAACGUCUAACCGCGAGUUCCUCGCUAACUUCGUUGGGAAUCUGCUGCGCAAUGCAUUCCCUAAUCUUCAACUCGCUCAAAUCAACAUUUUCAUCGAGGGACUUGUCAGUCUCAACAAUCAGUAUGACAAGUUCAGGCUCAACUUGCGUGACUUCUUGAUCUCACUCAAGGAGUUUUCUGGUGACAACACCGACUUAUACGCGGUGGAAAAGGAGCAAGAAACACAGCAGGCACAGGCGGCAGACCUUGAGCGACGAGGCAAGGUCGGAGGUCUGCUGAAGCCUUCCGAGAUUGAGGCCGAGGAUGAUGAGUUGUGA